UCACAUCCAUCCCAUUUGGCAACUGCUUCAACCGGACCUCCCGGUUCCCCAUUCCCCACGUCUCAUUCUCGAUAGAACCAAGUGUAGAAUAGAAUCCCCUCGCCCAUUUCCCGUGUUCUCUCUUCUUCUUCUUCUUCUUAUUUCGGUUUACUCCUCAUUGUCAACUCAUCCGAUAAAAUUUGGACAGCACGGUAAGAAAGAGGUUGCUUCGCUCUCUCCGACGCUCCUCGCGCAGCAGAUACUUGUCCGAUCGAUCUCCUGUUGCAUCACAAUGGCGGACCGUAAGGAGAGCGGAAAUGAUUGGGAAGUUGUAUCACUUACCGCUUCAACAUAUGCAGCUUCUCCUGGUCCAAAAGAAGUUGAGCCGACUGAUGACGACAAAAGUUCUGUCCCCAGUGAGGAUGAACCACAAACCUCUAAUGCUUUGUUCAUGUCUCGUCACUUCGUCUUUCAACCCAAUCGACAUGACAAUUCUUCCCCAGAACUUUCAAGUCUUAAUAUCACUGAAAAACAGAAAUGCGAAGAUGGUUUUGCUCAACUGGAUGCAGAAGUAAGUCGAUAUAGGGUAAAGGAAGAAACUGAGCGGGCUUUCAAGGACAAGACUCUGUCAGAUGAAUUUCCAGGAAUGCAAUUCCUUUCGGAGAAAGAUAACGUACUUCCCAUUCAUAAUACAGAAUUUGAAGAAGGCAAAAGUGUACAAGAUUUUGGGUUGAAGGACAAAGAGCAGAGCUUAUAUGAUGCCACCUUUAGUUCUUUGCAUGGAGAUGCUGCUCUUGGUCUUCCGAAUGCUCUUGGGAAGGAUACAAUCACUUCUGACAUGGUUGGAACUUCUGAAAACCACCCAGAUUCCUCAUCAGAAGCAUUACACUCGUCGAAAGCAAUUAAAGAUGAUAAUUUACACGGGUCUAACCUUCCUUGUGGUGCUUGGUGGAAGAGAAGAGCUGCUUCUUUGUAUGCCCAAGCCAAAGAGGCAAAUGCCUUCUGGUCCGUCUUCAUUGCUGCAGCUGUGAUGGGUCUUGUAAUUCUGGGUCACAGGUGGCGGCAUGAGAGAUUGCAAGCUUUGCAACUUAGAUGGCACGUAAGCAUCAGCAAUGAGUGACGGUGUUGAUGAUUCGGAAUGAUGAUGAAGAAAAAAGAGUAGGAUGUUUGGCCCCAUAUCUCAUGUUAAAGUUGUUAGUCUUUGAAGACGGACGCGCUUCUUCAUCAAGGGCAGCUCCAGCUCCCUUGGAGAGGGAAGAGGGGAGAGGGAGUUGACUGUAGAAUCUGUCCGGUGUUGUUCAGAGUGUUACUACUGUGUAAGUACAUCUGUGUUGAAGCAAUCUUACUGUAAAUUAAGAGUUUGGUAAUUUAAGACUUGUCGUGCUACUGUGUGUUCUUUUUU